AUGCCCAAGUUCGCCAAAAACCAGUCCGUCGGCUUUAAGAAUACUAUCGAAAGAGUGGCCAUUGUGGGCGCUGGGGGUAUCAUUGGAUCACAUAUUGCCAACGCCCUUCUGGCAACCGGAAGACACACAGUCACAGCUCUUUCCCGCAAAGACAGCAGUAAUAGACUCCCCAAGGGCGUCCUAGUCGCUUCAGUCGACUACAAUGAUGAAGCCACCAUUAUUGCCGCCCUCAAGAACCAGCAAUUCUUUAUUAUAACCAUGGCCCCCACCGCACCCCGCGACACCCACAGCAAGCUCGUCCAGGCAGCCUCCAAGGCCGGUAUUCCCUACGUCAUGCCUAACGGAUAUGCCAGCGACAUUGACGACAUCAAACUCGGCGAAGACACAAUGCUAGGCCCCAUAGCCAAGGCUAACAGGGACGAGAUUGAGAGACUCGGCAUGCAGUGGAUCACCGUGUGCUGUGGCUUCUGGUACGAUUACAGCUUGGCGGGCGGAGAUUCACGUUUUGGGUUCGAUUUUGACAAGCGUUCCCUGACACUCUAUGACGAUGGCAACACCAAGAACUCGACAUCGACGUUGAGGCAGGUUGGGCGCGCCGUGGCCAAGGUCCUGAGCCUUAAUGAGCUUCCCGAUGAUGAAAAUGAUAACAGCCUUACUUUGUCGACAUUCUUCAACAAGGGCGUGUACGUUAAGAGCUUUGAGGUCUGUCAAAAUGAUAUGUUUGGGAGCGUUAAGCGUGUCACUGGCACCACUGACGCCGAUUGGACUAUUACCCGCGAGGAUACCAAGAAGCGAUACGAGGAUGGUCUGGCGCAAGUGAGGACGGGUAAUAUGGCUGGAUUUAGUAAGAUGCUGUAUGCGAGGGCUUUUUACCAGGAUCUUUCUAGUGAUCUCGCGGCCAAGGCGCAGAAUGAGCUUCUUGGUUUGCCGGAUGAGAGCCUGGAUGAGUCUACCCAGGUUGGAAUCGAUUUGGUCAAGGAGCUGCAGCUUCGAGUUGAGCGUAUGGCGGCUUAG